AUGGCUCCCGCCAACUUCAAGACCUACGAGGCCCAGGCCCGUCUUCUCCGCGCCAUCGUGGCUGCCCAUCCGGAGGUCAAGUGGAACUACAAGGACAUUAAGAAGUUCUAUGGAUCGGACAUGACCAAGGAUGCUCUCAAUCAUCGCUUCAGAGCCAUUCGCAAUCAUAUCUGGACGCUUCAACAGGCACAUGAGCAGGGCAUCGACUGCAAAGACAUUCCUGUGGACCUGCCCAAGGAGAAGAAGGAGAUUGCCAAGUUCUUUGGCGAGUCCACCACCGACGGUAUUCAGUUCCAGUUCCGAGGCAUCAAGAAGGAUGCCGAAUCUCUCAAGCAGACGGCCAACAGCGGCGGCAAUCCCGCCACCGCCCUGAAUCUUCCGGCCAGCGCGACCUCGAGCGCCUUCUCGACUCCUCGCAAGCCACGCACUCCCUCCACCAAGACCCGUGUCUCGGGCGGCGGCCGCUCGACCACUGCCAAGAAGACUAAGCAGGUCAGACCUGUAGCCGUCUCAGAAGAGGACGACGAGGAGGAUGAAGAAAUCGACUAUAACGAAGUCGAGGACACUCCCUCCAAGAGCCGCGUCCGUGACCGCAUCCUCGACGGCCGUGUGUCUAAAAACACGCACACCCCCAAUCCCCGCCGCAGCGUUACUCCGAGCCGUGCCGCUACCAUCGCCGCGGCUGCAAACAUUGCCCAGGCUGCUGCCGUCGACCUGACCACUUCCGACAGUGAUGCCAACACAUCCGACAAUGCCGCGGGCUACGAUACUCCCGCUCCUAUCGACGCGAAGUCCGUCGUCAUGCAGCAGCAGACGCAGUUGCUCCUUGCGGACCCCACUCCUGCUUAUGAGCAGCCAAUCGCCCACCCUGCGGUUCAGCCUGCGAUCCAGCCUGCAAUCCAGCCCGCUACCCAGCCUGCUAUCCAGCCCACUCAUAAUGGCGACUACUCCAGCCACUCCAGCUUCGACCAUUCCCAGGGUACCGCCCCUUUCAACGAUGACUCGCUCAUCUUCAGCUUCGUCGAAACUAUGGAGCACGGCAAUGGCGACUUCAACCCUUACAUGGGCAAUGAUGGCGAGAUCUAA